AACAUAUAUAUAAGAAUAAGAGCCAGCCUAUUCUCUCUGCCAUAUAAGUUUCCAAGCCCCAAAAAUAAAUACAAAUUUAGAGCCACUAAAGUAUCUUAAAAAAUCACUCUACUAGCUUAAUUUAAAGGAAACCAUGGCUUUAAUCUCACAAACUGAACUACCCUUCAAUGAAAAUGAUUCUCAAGACAUGGUCAUAUACCAAAUUCUGAACGAAGCCAAUGAACUUAGCAACACAAUGGUGCAACAAGAGAGGCGUCAAAAUGGCUUAGAAUUGAGCAAGAACGUUAAAAAGAAGAACUACAGAGGCGUAAGGCGUAGACGGUGGGGUAAAUACGCGGCAGAGAUUCGUGACUCGACGCGAAAUGGAGCUAGGAUAUGGCUUGGUACAUUUCAAACAGCUGAAGAGGCUGCAAUUGCUUAUGAUAAAGCAGCUUUUAGAAUGAGGGGGGCUAAGGCUUUGCUAAAUUUUCCAUAUGAAUUUGCUUCAAUACAAUUGACUUCAACAUCGAAGCGUGAUUUGAGCUCGGGGAAAAUCAACAAUAAAGACUCUGAGUCGAGUGCUAGCAACUCUUCUUGUUCAAUUGCCUUUGCGACAAGUAGUACUACUACUAAUGCUCAAUCACAAAGCACUAUAGUUACUAGUAUUGAAGAGAAAUAUUACUAAUUAAGGAUGAUUUGUUAAUUAAUAAUUUUUAGAUUUUUUUUGUCAUAUAGCCUAGUGGCUAGAAUUUCACCGUUUAAGAUGAAUAAGUGGAAGUGUCAGAGUUCGAACCCCAGUCCCUACAAUAAUUUGCAAUGUCUGUCAUUGAGCUAUGUUCAACGGGACAACAACUUAAUUAAUUAAUGUUUAUGUAUAACUUCUAAUAUAUAUAAGCUAUUUUAUGUAAUUUUCCAUUUCUUCUAAAUAUACAAGAUGUUUUCA